UAGGUCAGACGUAGCUCUCAUUGCCCAUUAAUAUUCUAUUUCACGGGUAUAAAAUGACUGUUAGCUGAGCGACACUUCAUAGAAUUGAAAACGCCUGCCUGUAUCCUAAGCGGAGCAGUUGUUGCUGAUAGAAUAGCGAAUAUGCUUUUCUCUGUGUUAUCCGUCGCGUUAGCAUGCUCAUCUCUGGCCACUGCUUCAGUGCAGACGCCUACUCUUACGCCAUGUUCCAGUGUCCAGGACAUCAUGGUGAGCGACGUAAGCAUAACGGAUGCUCAGAUUGGGAAAACGAUGAGAGUCAAUUUUACGCUGAUCAUCAGCAUGCAACUAGCUUCGAACCCGACCUUGAAGAUCACAAUGAAAAAGAGCAACGGUUUGACAAUUCCUUGCAUCAGCAACGUCGGUUCAUGCACGUACAAACUGUGCGGAGGGACGUCCAGCGUUGAACAACAGCUGGGUUCGUUAUGGAACAACCAGUGUCCUAUAAACCCAAUUACGGUUCAACAAUCGAUAACUGCUCAGCUUGACCCACUGAUACAGCUCGUCAUCGGGACAGCGCCUACGACCAUCACCAUACAGCUUCAAAUAAUGAACGGAGGAGCUACGGUUGGUUGUCAGUCAUUUAAAGUAAACGUAGCCGCUGCUUGAUUUUGACUGAUGCAGGACCACAAUGAAUAUACUGCGCUUGGAUGAAGAGAACUGUGAUGCCAAAUGAUCCUCCUGUAAUAAAACUUAGCAAUCCAC